GAAUCAUUGUGAUAUGCUCCUGAUUUUCUUUCAUUUAGGUGACUGUGCAUUGGACACAUGGCUCACACAAAUGAAUCAAUGGUCUCUGAGUUUGUGCUGCUGGGACUCUCUGAUUCUUGGGAACUUCAGAUUUUCUUUUUUGUAAUCUUCUCUAUAGUGUAUGUGGCAUCUGUGCUAGGCAACAUCAUGAUUAUUGUUAUUAUUUCUUCUGACUCCCAUCUAAACUCUCCUAUGUACUUCCUACUCAGUAAUCUUUCUUUCAUUGAUAUCUGUCAGUCUAACUUUGCCACCCCCAAGAUGAUUGCAGACUUUCUUGUUGAGCACAAGACUAUCUCUUUUGAGGGUUGCAUGGCCCAGAUAUUCCUUCUUCACAGUUUUGUUGGGAGUGAGAUGAUAUUGCUUGUAGCUAUGGCAUAUGACCGAUUUAUAGCCAUAUGUAAACCCCUGCACUAUAGUACAAUCAUGAACCGGAGAUUAUGUAUAAUUUUUGUAUCAAUUUCCUGGGCUGUGGGUAUUCUUCAUUCUGUGAUCCACUUGGCUUUUACAGUGGAUCUGCCAUUUUGUGGCCCUAAUGAGAUAGAUAGCUUCUUUUGUGACGUUCCCCUGGUGAUAAAGCUGGCUUGCAUGGAUACUUAUGAAAUGGAAAUUGUGACCCUAACUAACAGUGGCCUUAUAUCAUCAAGCUGUUUUCUGGCUUUAAUUGUUUCCUAUGCCAUCAUUUUGAUCACUGUCAAACGCCGGUCCUCCAGUAGGUCUACCAAGGCACUGUCCACAUUAACUGCCCACAUCACUGUGGUGAUUCUUUUCUUCGGACCGUGCAUUUAUUUCUAUAUAUGGCCCUUUAGCAGACUUUCCGUGGAUAAGUUCAUUUCUGUAUUCUAUACUGUUUGUGCACCGUUGUUGAACCCCAUUGUCUACUCUCUGAGGAAUGAAGAUUUUAAAUCGGCCAUGAGAAAGUUGAGAAACCGUCAUGUGAACUCCUGAAAAAACUAGGGAACCAACAUGAGGGAGGAUAAUCUUCAAUGAGAAUGAAAAAACUCCAAUGGAUCACAGCAUUGUGCAGCCAUCUGUGCUAAUGAUAUGAUUUAUUUAGUGAUGGAAUUGCUAUUUCACCUUAAAUGCAAGGGAAUUGCAUAAAAUUCUAAAUUGCAAGUUGUAUUGAAAAUAUUUAGUAAUACUUUCAAAUAUAAAAUGCUAUUCAUGUCCCUAAAUUUGUGUUAUGAGCAUUGGUAAUGCAAUGGUUAAGUGCUUAGCUGCUAACCAAAAGGUCAGCAGUUUGAACUUACCUAAUGGCUGUGCAGGGAAAAGACCUAGUGACCAGCUUCCAUAAAGAUGACAGCCUAGGAAACACUAUAAGGCAUUUCUACCCUAUCCUAUAGGGUCACUAUGAGUAGGAAUUGACUCAACGGCACAGCAUGACAAACUUAUAGUUCUUUUUGAGUAUAUGAUAUUUUUAUACACUGCA